CAGACUGAGAGCUGAGAGAUUCACUGCGCGCAGGCACAUCCCUGAAAUCAGCUGUGCCAUGAAGGAGCUCAUUCCUGAUUCCUGCUCUGGUGCUGUACACUGAUCUGUUCUCUUCAAGAGAUCACUCGUCGCGAGAAGCGAGAAAGGCGGGAAAAAAAAGAACAAACAAACCAAAAAACAUCAAAGAAGACACAAGGUCAGUGAUGUUCCGACGGAUCGAAGCGGACUGAUUAGUGGCGCGCGCGCUUCAGCGAUGCAGGACAUGCGACUGUCGCAUUGCCGCAGUCACUGACAAGAAUGCAGCGAUGAGACAUCCAUCCGGCUCAGAAGAAGCUGCGUCUGAGUCACCCUUCGAAAACGUCCUCGCAUCAUGGCCGAUUUGGAGCUGAACGCGAAGAUCAGUGUGACGUAACGCGAGCGAUGCUGUGCGGCUUCUCGGACCUCGCCGGACCCUGCUGAGAGAAUGAGGCAAGCGGUGAGCGCUACACUCUCUGUCUGGGGUGAGAGGCGCUUGGGUUACACCACUCUGAACGACUCCAGGGAGGCGCUCCUGGAGGACAGCUGCCUGAUGCCUGGGCUCAAAGAGGACUCCGUAGUGGAAGAGAAGGAGCUGGCAGAUGGUGAGCAGGAGGAACAGGAGGCAAUGGUGGGAUCCUCACCGUCCACACCUCCAGCACUGAGCCACGGUGACGGAGCUGGACUGGAACACCCGGAGACGCACAUGCUGCCCUCGGCCCUCAAAUCCGAUUCUAAUUCGGGCCGUAGAGGCAGUGUGAACAUAAGCGCCCCCGAGAAUGGAUCUGCUACCGUCAGAAGGGGGUCCCUUGGUGCCCUGCUUGUGCAGCGUUGCAGUUCUCUGGGCUCUACAGCUCCACAGUGGGUCCCAGAUUCUCAGGCACCGGCGUGUAUGAAAUGUGGCUCCAGAUUCUCCUUCACGAAGAGGAGGCACCACUGCAGAGCCUGCGGGAAGGUGUUCUGUGUGGUCUGCUGUGACUUGAGAUUCAGGUUGACUCACCUGGGUGGAAAAGAGGGUCGGGUCUGUGUCACCUGUCACGCUACUCUUAUUAACAAGAUUCUUCGCAAGGAACAAAAGAAAGUAUGGUUUGCUGACAGCGUUUUAUCCAAAAAUGAGAUGUCUAGUGCCAACACUACUCCAACCCACAGAGAUUCGAUGCAGACACAUCCUCCUGCAGCGGCUCAUGUGGUAUCUGCAGACCUGUCUGAAAUGCCAAACUCUCCUUGUUUGGAGCAUCAGGAAGUGGUGAACAGUCCCAAAGGGAGCUCAGCUAAGCCCUUACCACAUAAAGGGCUUCCCCCUAUCCUCACCUCUACUGGUGUUAAAGGAGAUUACACAGUGGAGGAAAAGCGGACGGAGACUUCGUUGCUCGAAGAGCUGGAGCAAGGCCAGACCGAGCCGCUGGUUUUUGUCCUCAACGCCAACCUACUGGCAAUGGUGAAGAUCGUCAGCUAUGUUAACCGGAGGUGCUGGUGUGUGACGUCUAAAGGCAUGCACGCCGUGGGUCAGCCAGAAGUAGUCGUGCUAUUACAGUGUUUACCAGAAGAAAAGAGAUUCCCCACAGACAUCUUUAAUCACUUUAUUCAAAUCUACUGGGACGCACAGACAGCUGGAAAGCUCUUGAAUCAUCUGAGUCACUCUUUGGCCACUCGAGGCUUUCUGGACAGCGAGGAGCACGCUGGAUUUCUCUACGUACGUCCGACGUUACAGUCUCUGGACGGCCUGCCGCUGCCCCCUCAGCCCUUCCUGUUCGGCUUGCUCAUUCUUCGGGCUGAGAGUCCCUGGGCCAGGGCGUUCCCCCUGCGCCUCAUGCUACGCUUAGGAGCCGAGUAUAGAUUUUAUCCCUGUCCUCUGUUCAGUGUACGAUUCAGAGAGCCGCUUUUCGGUCAGAUCAACAACAGCAUCAUGAGGCUCCUCGUGGAUUUCCGUUUUUACCGUUACACGUUGCCGGUAGUGACGGGUCUCAUGGUUGAUUUGGAGGCGCGGAGCACGUGCAUCACAGUCCCUAAAAGCCGUCAUGCUGACCUGCUGAAGGUGCUGAGUAAGUCGAAUGAGAAACUGCUGGCGAUGGGCGCUUGCUUUAAUGAGCGUGCCGACUCCCACCUCAUCUGUGUGCAGACUGCAGAUGGACAGUACCAGACUCAGGCAAUCAGCAUCCACAGCCAGCCUCGCAGAAUUACAGGCUCCUGUUUUUUUGUAUUCAGUGGUGCACUGAAGGCUUCAUCAGGAUACCUGGCCAAAUCCAGCAUUGUCGAAGAUGGAUUGUUGGUUCAAGUGACUAUGGAAACAAUGCUGGAGUUACGGCGAGCUCUUCGAGACAUGAGGGACUACACCCUGACCUGUGGAAAACUCCACCAAUCAGACAGACAGGAAUAUGUGCACAUUCGGUGGCAGGAUGAAGAACCACGUUUUAAUAAGGGCAUAAUCAGCCCUAUUGAUGGAAAGUCCAUGGAAUCAAUUACAUGUAUAAAGGCUCACCAGAGAUUAGAGUAUCGAGCCAGUGGAAAGGUCAUACGUUGGACAGAGGUGUUCUUUCUCCAGAGGGAGGAGCCGUCAAACGGCCCGAGCAGUUACGCCAAUCAUAACCGUCUGACGGAGCGACUGGCGCGAGCGUUCUGCCUGGCACUGUGCAAUUCUCUUAGCCUGCUGAAAGAGGAUGGUAUGACCAAAUUAGCACUGCGGGUCACACUGGAUGGACAGAAGAUGGAGUUCCUGGCAGGCAGUAACGGCCAGCCUCUGCCGCUGCACUACCAGGACAGUCUGAACCAGUCCCUAAGUGCGGUUGUACUGAGCGUGUGCCAGCGACACGGACACGCAGCUCUUCAGCUCGAGCUCAUUUUUUACAUCCUAGAGGACAUAGCGUAGAAGUCACCUGCUGAAACCGUGAUCAUACCGCGACGCGCUCCUGGAUGCCGCAGACCCAGCGUAGACUCGUCUCCACAUACAUUUUCGAAGCCUGGAAAGAAUAAACGACGGCGAUUAUUACCACCUGUAUUUAUAAAUAAUAACCCAGAUUUCUCUCAGAUCUAUCCUGUCCGCCAUGGUUCCAUAGACUCCAGCCAUUAGAUUUGGUCUAGACUGAGCCAUGUCGAAUAUUUUCCGCUGGUCGCUGUGCAGCUUCGUUGUAGAGGAGUAGGCAGCAUUUCAUCUCUCAGGUGCCAUAAAGAGGUUUGUUUGUUUUUUGACUUGGGACUGUAGGAUGGGUUUGGCGUAGGCUAAAUCGCAUGCUCAGCAUCACCAUGACCAGAGGAGACAGAAAAAGCGCUUUUUCAGUACUGAAUGAACAGAAUUAAUUCGCAUGACUUAGUUUUGCUUUCAGUCUUCCUUAGCUAAACUACAAUAGGGGUGUUUGACGGUGAAUCUGUGCUGCCGAUCCAGAUGCUGGUUUGUAGAUAUACAUCACAGGCGCUCUCUCUCUCUCUCUCCCUCCUCGUGCGUCACUGUACAAACAGCAUUAUCAUCAGCGGCUAAACAAACAGCAGCUUCAACUUCCUCUGUUCCACCUGCACAUGACGCAGAAGGAGGUGGCCUGACCCCUGACCUCUGACCUACAUCAUCCCUCACCUCACACAGCACCAAGCUCUCUUCCUCCACUGAAUGUACUCACUAGUCUAUUUUUCCAGCUUUUUCCUCUCUCCCUCAUGUACACACACACACACACAUUCUCUCUCUCACCCUCACAUACACACUCCUACACACUGACACAUUCACUUCCACACACUCGCUGCCUUUUUCCUCUCUCUCACACACACACACAUACAGUACACACACUUUCUUUUAGAGGUGUAUUCGCUCACAUCUCACCCUCUCUCACACACUUGAACACUUUAUCUGCAUACACACACACAUUCACUCUUACUCCUACACACUUGCUCCCCCAAACACACACACUCACCCUCAUUUGCUUUCCCUUUUACGUUCUCUUACACACACUUUCACUCACCUGAAACACUCGCUGCAAACACACAUUUGGGGGUACAACAACCCACCCACCCACACACACUCACACAUAAUUUCUCCCUCUCUCAAAAACACAUGCACACACCCCCUCGCAUACUUGCACACUAUCUUAUGCUCACUCAUACACACACACACACACACACACACAUCCACACUGUCUCUCUCACAUACUUGCCCUCUCCUUCUCUCUCACACACACACACACACACACACACACACACUCCUUUUCAGCUAAAGAGAAUGGAGAUCUUGUUGUCAUCCCACAUAUUUGCCAUAACCCAGAUUGCUGCAGGAUCUGAAAGCAUGCAGUGGUCACACUCCGAAACAAUGAGACGUUGCGCAACCCACUAAUAUGAAAGCACCAGCUCUGUCUGCUUUGAACAAGUUCCACUAACAACCUUCAACACCCUGUCAUAUUAAUUGUGAAAUGAUGUACAUAAUGUUUGAGGACAUGUAAAGAGCGCCUUGUAAGAUGUUAUGCAAAUACCAGAAAAUAAAAACAAAAAAGAAUAACCACGA